UUAUACCAGCGUCAGCACGGCUGCGAGUUCUUAUCGGUAUAAAUACCAACUGCAGCCUACCUUUUUUCACGUCUAGUAUCGAAGCACUUCAAUUUUUUUUUCUUUUCAACCUUUUUGAUUCUGCAUGUGUUGUAAUUAAAAAUGAGACUGAUAAAAGUAAGGAUUCCAGCGACAUGACCACAUCUAUCAGAAACGUACAGUGAACACGAAGCCAUCGCUUCUUGUAGUUCCUCUUGUCUUAAUUUUUCCUUCAUCAUCAGCAUCAGUAGCUGCACUAAGGAUCAUUUCUGGCAAAUUGAGCAAGAAGUCGAAGAACAACUACAACUACGACACUCAAUAAAAAAAAAUAUCACCACGACGUUCCCGGUUAGUUACCUUGGCAAUACAACCGUUAGAAGCGGCACCGGUAGGCACCGCCUGGUGGAGGAGGACCAAGAAAUGCCCGGCGCGAAGAGCAAGGCAGGGAACAAGCGGAAGCAGGUUGCGGGGGCUGCUUCAGGGGAUUCCGAACCGAACGAUGUCCUUUCUGAGCAAGAAAUACAAAUGACUGCUGCCACAAACUCCGCUUCUGUGUCGGCGCCAUCCGGCGGCUCGUCGGCGUCAUCAGCUCCAGCCGCGAAGAAGAACAAGCAAAAAAGCAAGGGCAAUCAAGAGGAUUUCUCCCUUAAGUAUUUGUGUUUCUGCAAGAGGAUCUGAAUCUUGUUAUCUGUUUGAAGGAAGCUAAAGUGAAAGUCAACAACUUUGUGUUGCUUGUCGUGCUUCAUUUUGUUUUUGGACGACGAACUACAGUACAACAAGAACAAUAUAUAGAGCCUAUUUUGUUUUUUUUCUAGAAGACAUGACAAGUCGGACCGCGUCGCUUUGCAGAUGCAGAAUGUUGAUGCAGUAGCUGUAGCGCAGAACAAGAUAGAAGAACAACGUCGCAAUUGUGUGUUUUCUUUGCACGAUCUCCACCUUGGUGAUCUUUUCAGUCGAUUAUACUGAUGACUUGAACCUGCAGGUCACUGGACCGGGACGCACGGAAACAGGCAUGGGCAAGAAUAAAAGUGCGAUUGCAAAGUGCCUUUCUCCUCAAUCUGGUCCAAGAUGCGCUUUCGAGUGUGCGCGGAGCUGCGCUGCAUUCGCCGCGUGACGAAAAGAAAGGGGGAACCCCAACCAACAAGGGAGCCAGCAAGAAAACCAUUGCCCAAAGAAUAUCAGAAUUACGCAGCUUCAUCCAGAGUAACUUCAUGGCAAUCUUUUCGCUGUUCUGCGUGUUCAUGCUUUUUUACAUGAAAGCAUCGCAGGAGGGUUACCAGGGGGACCAAGACGAUGGCGGCAUGAACCCCUACGACGUAUAGAUUUUGAUUAUCAAGAUACUUGAUGUCCUCGGCACUGAUUUACUUAUGAAAGUACUGUGUUUACACAUAUGGCGGACGCAGAUCGGUGAAAUCAAUUUCAGUUUUGAUAAAUUUUCUUUUAGUAAGUAUGUGGCUCAAAUAGAAGCUCGAUGCAUAAAAACUAUAGCUCGCGCAAAGAUAAAGCGAUCGCGGGAUCGGUGUUUCGCGCGAUGGUGAUGAACGUUUAAGGUUCCACUGUCAAUCGGUCCAGCCUGCCUCCUUCAUGCUUCUACACCAAAGAUGAAUUGGGGACGACGUACUUCUAUUUUAUACUUUAUCUGACGCAUUUCACAACUUUUCAGGCCCUUGGAGUAAGUCCGCGCGCAACACAGGCCGAGAUCAAAAAGGUUUACAAGAAAUUAGCCUUGGAGUGGCAUCCGGACAAGCACGCGAAAGAUUGCGAUUCUUGUGCUAAGCGCUUUCACGAGAUCACGGUUGCGUUUGGAAAGAUCGGGGAACCUGACAAGAGAAAAGCAUACGAUUCGAACCGCUCCGCAAAAAAAGACGUCCUCACCAACAGUAAAUAUGAGACUGCAAAACUCACGACCCGCCUUCUCAUUUCUCAUGCAUAAUUCAAAGCCCACCCUUUGCCUCAUGAAACUGCUUGCAUGACAGACUUCGGAUGCCGUAAGGGUAAGACCACUACAAUCCUGUGGUAUUAAUUCGUAUUUGUCAUGCAAAAGUAGGCUGCAUCUUCACUUCACUUCUUUUUGCCGGCGCUUGGGUUGCGGUUCAUUGCAUAGGGGGCGAGGGGGAGUUGUGCACUCUCAUAGUCACUCUAUAAAGCUCACACCGGAGGUCUGGCUAAGAGACGUGUCGAAAUCGAACGAAGUGUGGCUGAUCCUGGUAAGUAUUCUCAUUAGUGAAUGAUCAAAAGCAGAACCACAACCAAUAGCUCCUUGCAUUCUCAUGGAUGCCCUAAAAUGAGAAAGUGGCGGCACUUAACAGAAAUACAAACUAUAGAGGAGGGCUGCCAACGGCACCGCCACGCCGAUCUACAUUUAUGUUCGGUGGAACUUCUUUGGCCUAUUAAUUUAUUUUGAUUUGCGCCCCACAAGAGAAAUGCCAAAGGCAGUGCCUAUUUUAUCAAAGCUUUUUGCGUGCUACAACCGUACUAAUUCUAAUUAUACUAAAAUAAAAAUUAAGUUCUACGACGGGCAUGAUAGCUCCGGCGGCAUGUUUCCGGUUUUCGAAGAGCUGUCCCUGAAACACGGGAAUUACGUCCGGUAUGCGCAUUGCGAUGUGACAAGUCCCGAGGGUGCAAAGGUGCAGGCUAUGUAUCCGCAGAAGUUUGUGAUCCACCCAGUGAUCAGUCGCUACGUAUACGGUGAGUAUCCUGAGCUCUGGACUCCGGGCCGGGGGGAGACCGAGGGUAGCGGCGUGAAGGCGCUGAGGCGGUACUUGCAUGUGUUUUUUGUAUACGCCAUAUUGAUUAUGAAUAUGAUUAAGAUUGACAUUGAGACUGUCCUUGAAGAGGUCCUCGUAGGCCGUGCGGCGCCUGCGCACUUCUACUACGCAUAAUUGACGUCUCCUCGUCUUCCAUAUUACAGCUGGAAUAUUAGUAGGAUGAAAAUGUGGCCGAGACGAGUGGGACUUUCAGUUUCAGGUCAACGAAGUAUACAAAUCCUCGUAAUAAUAAAUCGCUGCCUCGUUCACUAUUGACCACAGGUUUAUCUACGAAACAUAUCCGACAAACCGGGUGCCCUUCGUACCGGCAUCGAAUGUCGGAGACUGGAUGAACGAAAAUGACGUGCUGUUCGUCACACCCUCCUCGCAGAUGAUUCCCAGCAACCCUGGCGUGGGCCGCCUAAGCAAGGAAGAGUGGAAAGGUACACCAGGCUGUUGAUGGAAUAACCUCUACUUUAUAGAGGUUGCCGUUGUUUUCAAAAGUUGUUGAUCAGAGAAGUUUGUGUAGUUUAUCUGGCGGUAGUGUCGCCUGGAAAUGGAAACGAGUAUUGUCACCAAGAGCUGUACCGAAUGUAUUUGUAAGUGAGCAAAAACGCGAUGGGCAAACAAGGAAGAUAAGGGUCCUCACGCGGACAAGCAAAUUAGUAUCUGCAUAAAGACGAAUAAAGCGAAAUAAGGGUGGUCGCACCUUGACUUUAUCUUUUGCAUUUCGAAAGUGAGUGCAACUGAAUCGACUGCAGGCUUCACGCAGCGGAAUGUUUUUGCCGAACAACCGGAGAAGCUUCUGCCUGUCGAGAGUGUGCUGGGAAUCUACAAGUACGGAUUGCGGUUUACGGGCCCGAGUCGGAGUCGGGCCAACAAGGCUGGUUCGGGCAUGGGCCAGCAGAUGCGAAUCGGUAUCACAAGUAAGGACGAACUGUUUCACUACUUGCUCCAGGUGAAGCAAGGCUCCAGUACUGCCGAGGAGGAGGAACUCGGGCGGAAAGCUUUCCUGUUCUUCCAUCUCCUGGAACAGCAGUGGGGAAAUAAGUGGCAGGACAGCCCCUACCUGGCCAUCACGCCAACACGAAACGCCACGACGCUCCCAGACGGCAGAGAAAUGGAAGGCACGCACAAAUUUCAGCUGCUCUACUUGCCUGGGAAGCAGAGCGCGCAAAACGCGGAAUUUCUGAAGCGGCACGUCGUCGGCGUGCCUCCAGGUCGAGGAGGCCAGCCCGUGCCGAGUUACUCUCGUGCCGACUAUCUUGACAAACAUGGCAAAUUUCCGGUGGAAAAACAUCCGACCACCUUGCCGUUGGAGUUGCGUCAGGCUACGAACUACGGUUACCUGCGGCACUUCUUCCGGCCUUAUCUAAAAGCCGCCGAGAUGUGGGAAGCCAAAUUUGGUUCUUGCUUCAAUAUUUACGAGGCCACCAGUUUGCAGUCCUUUGUUGAGAUGGAUGAAAAUGGUGGAAACCUUAUCCGAGACGCGGUACCUCCGAUGCUGCGCAGAUAUAAUACUUCAUGAGAUUGUGAUAGUGAUUGUAGUCUGGGGCCUUACCGCCCCCGCCCCCAUAAUUCGACUAGUACGUAUUAUUUUUAUUUGCGUUCUUCGUAGAGUGGUGCCAGUGCUCCUUCUACUUCGUCAAAUGGACGACGAGGAUGAUGAAAUUGAAAACCUGAAAAAUCCUCCAGUUGGGUGGGGUAGCGUCGGAGGCAGACGACGUGCCGCAGAACGAGUCUCCCGAACUGUGCGACACUGCGCCGAUCGCGGCUACGCGUGCGGAGGAAUUUAAGUUGCUUGUGGCCGAGUCCCCCGAAAAAGCGUCGGGUCACUUGAUCGAACAGUUUCUGCAGGACGUGGCCAAUCGUCUCGUCCUUCCCGUAGACCAGAGCAACUAUCCUGUACUCUGCCGAGUUGGAACGAGCUUCGCGCGAACUAGAAAUUACUGCCUCUUUAUCGAGGCCGGGAAGUUGAAGCCUACCGGUGCCGCCGCCGCGGUGCUGCGAGACUUGGAGAAGGGAAAACAGAUGUAUAGAGCGACUUCUUUAUGAUUAUUUUUUCUUUUAGGACGACACCGACCAUUUUCGUGAGUUUUCCAGGUCUUUGGGCAUGUUUGAAAAUGCUCAGGAGAGUCAAAGUCCCAACUCCCUUCCACCUCAAACACUACUGACGUACGUAUUAAAAAAAAGGAAAAAGAGCUGUAAAUCGCCUUUGCCACGCUCGAGCAACUUCUCUCCAUUGGGGAAUUGAGAAAGCCGCUAUGCCGAACUACAGCCACUAUGUAUUUUUAUGGCCUAAAAGUCGAAGCUGAGUUUGGUAUUUUUUUGCAAUACAUUACAUGAGCAUGACAAUGAUGCGUAGUUCUACGUACAUGCCACGGGCCCGUCACCACCCCGCGCUCGGUAGCGGAGUUAGUUUAGCAUGGCAAACGAAAACGACCACGAUGCGUGACGAGUGAAUGUGUCUUGCGCGGCGUUCGCACUAUCAUUAAUUUUGUCCUUGUUCUAGCUGCAGCGAUAGCUAUAGAAAGUAAUUUAGAUAUAAAUCCAAAUCCAAUUCUACGACAGCUACGCCAAGGAACUAGGUGGCGGCGCAGAGGCCAACAGUGAAUCGGAUGCCGACACAGAAGAGGAGAAUUUUGAGACGCGGUUGCAGGCAGUUGUGUAUCAAGGCAGUGAUUUGGUGGGGACUGCAAAGCUCUGGCCAGUGUCGGCGGCAUUCCACGCACAGGUAACCAGUCGUUCGGAACUCGAAGGCUACGACUACCUGGUGGUGGAGGCCGAAACAAAGCGCGUCGCCCCCAUUCGCUCGAAGGACGUGAAGCUGGAAGACCUCUUCACCUCUCUGGCGUUCGAAGAUCUUACCCUGAUCGAGGAUUUCCCCGAGCUUCGCUACUUGCUUGCGACGGAUCGAGUCACUUUCUACGACGAGAUCACGGAGGCCCUGCUGAGUAGCUGGCUCCGCAUUUUGCUCACCUACGUCGCCGUCGUAACGUUUCUGUCCUUCCUCCCCGAAACAAAAUUUCUCGUCUCCCAAGCGGGCCCCGUCGUGCCAGCGGUUGUGGGAGUGCUAGUGCUCUUUGUCACUAGCUACUCCACAAGAAAAAUGUUCUUUUCUCUUCUUCCGCUGCUCUGAGCGGACUCGACUUCUAGCUGCUCCAACUUGAAGAUGAACAACUACAUCCGCCAGCUACUACCCCUGUAAACACAACAAACACUUAGUACUAGUGCGAUAGCUCUAGUGCAGUAGAUGUUCCUAUGAAGUUACUGGUGUAAAAACAAGUCGGGGAUAUCGAUAUGAAUCUAUUCGUGCUUGCAUCUUGGUCAUGGUCAUUUAGCAAAAGGGCGCUGUCCUCUUUUUAUUUCGCGAAUCAUGGGAGUCACAGGUAGUGGAAGCGAGUAGACAAAGUCUCGAGCGGCAACUCGUUACAUAUCAUAGUAGAUGAAGUAAUUCGACUGAGAAUUUCUCAGCUACGCGUACGCUUCAUGCCCAAGGAAAAUACGAAAAGAUGUACCUGUCAUUCUCAUCUAUAGGGUUCUGGGGACUGAGUCAAGACGCUCCACCGCUGUGCCACGACUAUGUUCAGCUCAGCUCACAAACACAAUAAGAACAAUAAAAGCUAAGAAGUCACAAGAGAAGGCUAAAGCUCAUACAUGGCUAGUACGCACAGCUGCAUGAAGAUUGGAAGACUACGCGCCGUUUGUUGGUUGUGCUACGAAUUGUCGCAGCCGGAGGGCUUUCCAAGAAAUCGAAAGUACAACAAUAAAGAUGACUGGCAUCAGUGUGGAACACAGCAAAUCG